GAUCAAGAAAAAGAAGCAGAACAGGAACAAGAACAGGAAUAGGAACAUAUCAUGGGCAACGCUGCCUCUUCCUCCUCCCCAGCGCAUACCCUCAACGCCGAUGCUCCCGUAAGGCUCAGCCAGUCCGUGAUCAACUCCCUGCAGAACAGUCCAGAGACCGACUCGACGCGCGCCCAGCAGCACGAAUUACAUACGCAGACCCGCAUCACUGCCGACUUGCAGCGGAUUCGCGACUCGCAGGCACAGAAGCUCGACGCCAUCACCACCGCCCUCACCAACACUGAACCGCAGCAAGAUUCUGCCUCCGACUCCGAAGCCUUGAGCAAGCCGACCGGUCUGUUAGCGCACCUCAGCUCGCCGUUCUACCACGACUGGAGCCAGGAGAACUCGAAGCCUGCCACUCGCGAAUCGGAUAGAUCCCACGACAGCGUCAGCAAAGAAAUCAUGGACCUGCGCCAGAGGCUCGAGCAGCGCAAAAAGGUGGACAAGGUGCCGGCCGAGGUCGAGAAGGCCAAGAACAGCUUGGUGCAAUGUCUGCGCGACAACGACAAAAGGCCGCUCGACUGCUGGCAGGAAGUCGAAGCCUUCAAGCGAGAAGUGGGCAAAUUGGAGCACGCUUUCAUUCAAAAGGCAGCGAGAUGACACUGUCGCAGCAUCCUGUACAGACAAGAAUGUAAUAGGUGGAACUCUCUGUGCCGGAACAAGCUCGUGAUCAAAGUCGCGUCAGAUGUACAUACAUAUGCGAACACCAACCAUGGAAGUGUGGGGAGUGCGAGCAUCGCGACUACUUGAUGAGCAAGUCUCAUGUUGAGUCGAUCGCAGCCACGAGCCGCAGUAUCGACCUCGUGCCGAUACAAAGGCGUUGUCACUGAUGGGCCAUCACUUUAAGAAGCAGCUUAUGUCUUCGCUGCUGACUCGGUACGGCACGCCACGCCACGCAUUCAUUCGAUGUGGCGCGACUGCUAGCUCGACCUUAAUAUGCUGAGCUUUAGACCUGGU